AUGUCUCAUUGUAAAUACGAGCAUCCUCGUCUCGGUUCCCUUGGCUUUUUGCCCCGUAAGCGUGCCUCCCGUGUUCGCGGUAAAGUGAAAGCUUUCCCCAAGGAUGAUUCCUCCAAGCCUGUUCACUUGACUGCCUUCCUUGGUUACAAGGCCGGUAUGACUCACAUUGUUCGUGAUCUCGACCGCCCUGGCUCUAAGAUGCACAAGCGUGAAAUUCUUGAAGCCGUUACUGUCAUCGAAACUCCUCCCAUGGUUGUUGUCGGUGUUGUUGGUUAUGUCGAGACUCCCCGUGGUCUCCGCUCUCUCACCACUGUCUGGGCUGAGCACUUGUCUGAAGAAGUCAAGCGCCGCUUUUACAAGAACUGGUUCAAGAGUAAAAAGAAGGCUUUCACCAAGUACGCCAAGAAGUACUCCGAGAACACUCAAUCUCUUUCUCGUGAGCUCGAGCGUAUCAAGAAGUACUGCUCCGUUGUCCGUGUCCUUGCUCACACUCAAAUCCGUAAGACCCCUCUUGCUCAAAAGAAGGCCCACCUUAUGGAAGUUCAAAUCAACGGUGGUUCCGUUUCCGACAAGGUUGAAUGGGCCCGUGAGCACUUCGAAAAGACCGUCGACGUCAAGUCCACCUUUGAGCAAAACGAAAUCGUCGAUAUCAUUGGUGUCACUCGCGGUAAGGGUGCCGAAGGUACCACUGGCCGUUGGGGUACUAAGCACCUUCCUCGUAAGACUCACCGUGGUCUUCGUAAGGUUGCUUGUAUCGGUGCUUGGCACCCUGCCAACGUCCAAUGGACUGUUCCCCGUGCCGGUAACGCCGGUUACAUGCACCGUACCCAAUUGAACUCCAAGAUCUACCGUGUUGGUGCUGGUGAAGACGGCAAGAACGCUUCUACUGACUUUGAUGCCACCGAAAAGCGUAUUACUCCUAUGGGUGGAUUCGUUCGCUAUGGUGCUGUAGACAACGACUACAUCAUGUUGAACGGUGCUACUCCCGGUCCCGUUAAGCGUAUCAUGACCAUCCGUAAGUCUCUCAUUACCCACACUUCUCGUAAGGCUUUGGAAGACGUCAACCUCAAAUGGAUUGACACUGCUUCCAAGUUUGGCCAUGGACGUUUCCAGACCCCUGCCGAAGCCAGACAAUUUAUGGGUACCUUCAAGAAGGAUAUUGCUUAA